AGUCAAGAGAUGAACGUAGCACAAUUUUUGCCGUCCUCCUUCGUGGCUUUUCUUCUAUUUUAAAAUAUUCCAGGAACCUAAAAACUGGAAAGCCUCAACUUCAGCCACAAUCCUAGGAUUUAAUCUCUUACCCUUUGUGUUUUUUCUCUGAGCCUGGACCUCUAGAGUAAGGAGGGAGAAAAGGAGUGGCCUCUUUUCCACCCGGUUAACCAUGAGGAUGAAGAGGGAGGAGUUAGUUUUGCUGUUCAUAAACACUACAAGGGCUCCUUUCCAGGGCUCAAAGCCAGAGGGCCCUGCUGCUGACUCUGAGCUGCAGGGCCCAAAAGCUCCUACUGGAAGGAUCAAGGAUAAAUGAUAUGAGCUGGAAUGAGGGAUUGCAUCUCAGUAGCUAGAAACCCGGCACAAGCCGGAGCAUCCUGCUCGCUGUCCUCUGCGUCCCGGGCCGGAAAGCUGAGCGCCCGGAACCUUUAUACGCCAGCUUUCCAGAACCCGGGCUCUAUUAGGCGCUGCGCGGCGGCUUGCCGGAGCUGGUUGCCAGGGUGACGCCUGAGAAGAUGGCUGCUGCGUCUUCGUCGGAUUCCGACAGCGGCAGAGCUGAGAGCAGUGAAGCCAGUUCGAAAUGGCUGGAUGCACACUACGACCCCAUGGCCAACAUCCACACCUUUUCCGCCUGCCUGCAGCUGGCAGAUUUGCAUGGGGACGGGGAGUACAAGCUGGUGGUGGGGGACCUUGGCCCAGGUGGGCAGCAGCCCCGCCUGAAGGUGCUUAAAGGGCCCACAGUGCUGAGCGAAAGCCCGCUACCUGCCCUGCCAGCCGCUGCUGCCACCUUCCUCAUGGAGCAACACGAACCCCGGACACCAGCGCUGGCACUCGCGUCAGGCCCUUGUGUGUAUGUGUAUAAGAAUCUCAGGCCCUACUUCAAGUUCAGCCUGCCCCAGUUGCCUCCAAACCCCCUGGAACAGGACCUUUGGAACCAGGCCAAAGAGGACCGGAUUGACCCCCUGACACUGAAGGAGAUGCUGGAGGGCAUCCGGGGGAAGGCAGAGGUGCCUUUGUCUGUACAGUCACUCAGGUUUCUGCAGCUGGAGCUGAGUGAAAUGGAGGCAUUUGUGAACCAGCACAAGUCCAAGUCCAUCAGGCGGCAGACAGUCAUCACCACCAUGACCACCUUAAAGAAGAACCUGGCUGACGAGGACGCUGUGUCCUGCCUGGUGCUGGGCACUGAGAACAAAGAGCUCCUGGUGCUGGACCCAGAGGCCUUCACUGUUUUGGCCAAGAUGAGCCUACCCAGCGUCCCCGUCUUCCUGGAGGUUUCUGGCCAGUUCGAUGUGGAGUUCCGUCUUGCUGCUGCCUGCCGCAACGGGAACAUCUAUAUGCUGAGAAGAGACUCCAAGCGCCCCAAGUACUGCAUCGAGCUGAGUGCCCAGCCUGUGGGGCUCGUCCGGGUUCACAAGGUCCUGGUGGUGGGCAGCAACCAAGACAGCCUGCAUGGCUUCACCCACAAGGGUAAGAGGCUGUGGACGGUGCAGAUGCCCGCGGCCAUCCUGACCAUGAACCUCCUGGAGCAGCGCUCCCGGGGCCUGCAGGCCGUCAUGGCCGGACUGGCCAACGGAGAGGUCCGCAUCUACCGCGACAAGGCCCUGCUCAGCAUCGUCCGCACGCCGGAUGCAGUGACCAGCCUUUGCUUUGGCCGCUACGGGCGGGAAGAUCACACCCUCAUCAUGACUACACGAGGUGGUGGCCUGAUUAUCAAGAUCCUGAAGCGCACAGCAGUGUUUGUGGAGGGGGGAGGUGAAGCAGGUCCCCCACCAGCCCAGGCCAUGAAACUCAACAUGCCCCGAAAGACCCGGCUUUAUGUGGAUCAGACGCUGCGAGAGCGGGAAGCUGGCACUGCCAUGCACCGGACCUUCCAGGCAGACCUCUACCUGCUGCGCCUCCGGGCCGCCCGUGCCUACGCGCAGGCCCUCGAGUCCAGCCUGAGCCCCGUGUCUGCGACGGCACGGGAGCCGCUCAAGCUGCACGCUGUGGUUCAGGGCCUGGGCCCCACCUUUAAGCUCACCCUUCACCUGCAGAACACCUCAACAGCCCGACCCAUCCUGGGGCUGCUGGUCUGCUUCCUGUACAACGAGGGGCUCUAUGCUCUGCCCCGGGCCUUCUUCAAGGUCCCCUUGCUGGUGCCAGGGCUCAACUACCCCCUGGAGACCUUUGUGGAGAGUCUUAGUGACAAGGGCGUCUCAGACAUUAUCAGGGUGCUGGUGCUCCGAGAAGGCCAGAGCGCACCCCUGCUCAGCGCCCAUAUCAACAUGCCUGUGAGUGAGGGGCUGGCAGCUGCCUGA